CCAGGGUAGAAGACAUCAUCAGGCGGUCCAGGAGGUUGCAGGAGCCGGUCGCGUCAUCAUCCCUGUAUGGGCGGCGCACUGACGGGAGGACGGAGGGUGUUUUCCAGCUUUAAAAGCACCGGAGCCGGCCCCUCUGACAAACCGCGCUGCGUCAUCGACCUGGGGAGACUCUUGAAAACCUUCAUUGAGCUGAAGAGAGCCAAACUCACCUCAGCCGCGGUCCCCUCAGCAGCCCUACCUGCGCCGGUCUCCUGAUCCACCACUACUAACAUUUCUCCCCGUUCACGCUCCACCGCGCUGUGUUUCCAACUUGUACACUCGCUUUGCUUUAACUUCGCCCGAAUUAUGCUUUUAUUUGAUGGUGUGUGAAGUGAUCUAGCUGUUGCAACGCUGUCAUCGGCACUGCAGUCUCACAGCCGGAGAAAGUUGCUGCGCAUCGCUUGUUGAAUGCAGGAUACCUUCUGCCUGAGCGUCAAUUCCAAGUUUAGCUUUGGAGCAGCAGCCGGUGAGGAGCGGGGACUCCACUUUCUCACCUCUCUCGCCGCCGAUAUGAAGUCUGCAGAGGAAGAUGCAUACAGCUACACACCAAAUGUCAGCUUGUCCCUUCCACUGGGCAUGGGCAACCCUUGUCUGGCCACCCAGUACCACACCUUACAGUCCAGCCCAGUCAUCUCAGUUUCCUCUUGCCACCAGACAGGCUACAGCCUCCAAAAUGAUAACCAUGCAGCAUCAGGCUACUACCUGCCCCACGGCCUGAGACCCAAUGGGGCCCCUGCCCUGGAAAGCCCCCGUAUUGAGAUAACUGCCUACAGCCAGUAUCCCGAGGAUGAGGUUGAAGAGAGCAGCAGUGAGGACCACAUCAUCAAACGAGGCGUUAACUCCAUUGUGACGCUGACACUGCCCAAUGCCGACGGCUACCGUGAUCCCAGCUGCCUCAGCCCCGCAAGUAGCAUUUCCUCACGUAGCUGCAACUCGGAGGCGUCCUCUUACGAGUCAGGCUUCUACAAUUAUGACAACUCCCCACAGACCUCCCCCUGGCAGUCUCCCUGCGUAUCUCCCAAAGGCUCAUCCUCGCUCAUGUCUUGCCCACAUGCCAGCGGGCCUGUAGCUUCCCCUCACCAUUCACCCUCCACCUCGCCUCAGAUAGGAGCCGUGGCAGAGGAAGGCUGGCCAGCACAACCUCGUGGCUCCAGGCCUAACUCCCCUUCCUGCAGUGGAGGCGGUGGAGGCAACGGUGGUGGUGGCGGCAGCACUGGGAAGAGAAAGUACAGCUUCAAUGGCACCACCUACCGUCAGACAUCCUGCUCGCCCAACCAGUCGCCCACCCCGUCCCCACAUGGGUCACCCAGGGUCAGCGUCACGGAUGAGAACUGGCUUGCCAACACCAACCAGUACACCAACUCUGCCAUCGUGGCCGCCAUUAACGCUCUCACCACAGAUGGAGUGGUCGACAUGGGGGAAGGAAUCCCAAUCAAGACACGGAAGACUAUGCUCGACCACUCAGCCUCCAUGAGCCUGAAGGUGGAGCCCGGUGGCGAAGUGCUGGGUCCUGAGGGGGAGCUCUGCCAUGAGGACUACCCCUCCCGCUUGGCCCUAAAGAAGGAGAACUACUGUGGAGGGUUCCUGGAUGUGCCCCAGCACCCAUACCCGUGGUCUAAACCCAAGCCUUACCUCAGCCCAUCUCUCCCAGCUCUUGACUGGCAGCUUCCGUCCUGCUCCGGCCCGUACAGCCUACAGAUUGAGGUGCAGCCAAAGUCCCACCACAGGGCCCACUAUGAGACCGAAGGCAGCCGAGGGGCGGUGAAGGCGCUGUGUGGCAGCCACCCUGUAGUACAGCUUUAUGGCUACAUGGAAAGCGAGCCGCUCACCCUCCAGCUGUUCAUAGGGACCGCAGACGACCGCCUCCUGCGACCACAUGCCUUCUACCAGGUUCACCGCAUCACUGGCAAGACCGUCUCCACCGCCAGCCAUGAAGUCAUGCAAUCCAACACCAAAGUUCUGGAGAUCCCUCUGCUGCCUGAAAACAACAUGAGAGCCAUAAUUGAUUGUGCAGGGAUCCUGAAGCUGCGCAAUUCAGACAUUGAGCUUCGCAAAGGAGAGACGGACAUCGGACGUAAAAACACGCGUGUGAGAUUGGUGUUCCGAGUCCACAUCAACCAGCCCAACGGCAGGACGGUGUCCCUACAGGUUGCUUCAAACCCCAUUGAAUGCUCCCAGCGCUCAGCUCAGGAGCUUCCCUUGGUGGAGAAACAGAGUGUGGAUAGUUACCCUGCCACUGGAGGCAAAAUGAUGCUCCUGAGCGGCCUCAACUUCCUCCCUGACUCCAAGGUGGUGUUCGUGGAGAAGGCCCAGGAUGGGCAUCAUCUGUGGGAGACCGAAGCCAAAGUUGACAAGGACUCUGUCAAAAAUAGUUCUCUUGCUGUGGAGAUCCCGCCGUACAGGAACCAGAGAAUAUCCAGCCCAGUGCAGGUUAACUUCUACGUCUGCAACGGCAAGAGGAAGAGGAGCCAGUACCAACGCUUCACCUACCUGCCUCCUAACGUGCCGAUAAUAAAGACAGAACCCAAUGAUGAAUAUGAUUCUCUGGGGACUGCUGGACUGCACAUGCAUUCAAAGCCCUAUUACAGCCAGCCCAGGCUCACUCCCAUCAUGCCUGUAGCCGAUCCCGAUGCCUGUCUGGUUGGUGGCUACGCUCCCUGCCCGCCUCGCCAUGCUGCCAUGCCAUCGUCGUCCCCCAGCUCCAGCCCCACCCUGCAUGACCUGUCCCCCGUGGCAUACAGCAAGUGCCUCCCCAACAGCCCCACCCAUGCAGCACCACUAGGCCCCGCGGUGCCCCCCAUCCAGGAGACCCCUGGCCGUCCCAGCCUCGCCCACCCAGCAUCGCCAGACCACAACUCUUCCCUAGGGAUGCUUCAUUCCCAGGGCAGCCCCAACCACCUCAACAGCCCAGGGCCCCAUGGUUACCAUCCUAUCUAUGCCAACAGCAGUCCCUCAUCCUCCCCGGUAUCCCACCCUUCCACUCCCGGUGCGACUGCGGAGAGCCCGUUCGUUCAGGCCUACAGCCCCAGUCAGGCUCAGGCAGCAGCCAGCUCAGUCCAGACCGGAGGGAGCUCACCCAGCCUGUUACCCGAGGAUGCCAGCCCCCCGUCGAUGGCCAUCACUGUCAAACAGGAGCCCCAGGAACUGGACCAGAUGUACCUAGAUGAUGUUAACGAGAUCAUCAGGAACGACCUCUCCAGCAUUUCCGUGCACACUCAUGCAUAGACGUCCAGAAGUCUUCUGCAGCAACACACACACACACACACACACAAACAAACAAACAAACACACACACACACAUAAAAAGCAGCAGCAACAAAAAGAGGACAAAAAACCCAGAGAUCCAGAUGAUGAAGAAAUAAGUUUUGACCAGGAUCUCCCACCUGACCGUCAUCACCAUCAGCUCCUCCUCACUCAAAGACUGGCUGCAGAUUCACAUUGACAAUCACUGGCAAGCUCUAUUUGAAUAAACAGAUGAAUGUUAUAUUUACAAAAAAAAGGGAAGUGAUAUCAGGGGCAAAGUAUACAGCUACACUUGCCUUAAUUCACAGCAGAUGUUCUUUAGUGGACCAAACAGCUCAAUGAGACUGAAUUCCUUCUAUCGUUGACAAAAUGACAAUCUUCAUUUCGAGUGUGAUCUGUACGUUAAUGCAUGGACAAGCUAAAUGGGACAACAAGUGUCAUGCUUCAUCACUUUGGUUCAUUUGUUUGUGCAGUCAGUCGGCGACAACCAAAUUGGUGCCUUACAGCAGUGAUAUUGACAGCAAACAACAGCAGCAAAUGCAAUCGGUUCAUUGUAACCCAAAGUGGAAGUUUUUAUAUGACAUUUUUGUAUCAUUUCAAUGAUUUGUUUACAGGGAAACAGAAUAAAAAGGCUGGAAAAUAUGUAGGGAGUAUGUGAAUAGAUUAGAAUUGUAUUUUUUUCUUGCUUCCUCAUUAUUAUCUCAUUGUUCAUUUAUACUGAAUGUUAUUGUAUGAUAUUCUUUUGUAUAAACAUGUAUUUGAAAAUGUACUUAUGUAUGCCUUAUGCUUAUAUCAUGCAGUUUCCUAUUUAGCUUCCCCUUUUUUGUUCCAUUCGUCUUCCCCUGAUGUGUACCAUUUCUACUACCCCUGCAUUAUGCUUUUCACCUUAGUGCCUAUUUUUUAUCAUCCUGCCCUGGUCUUCCAGCCCUCCCACCCACACCAUGACAUAAUAAUGCACAGACAAUCAGAGAAAUAUACAGUACAUAUCCUAUGACAACAGUUCCUGGUUGCAGGGGCUUAUAAAGGCAGGUAUCAGAGUUUUCUUCUCCCCCCAGCUAUAAGAUAGUUGAACAAUGGUAUGCUUACCUGCUGAAUUUAGAUGAGAAAACUUCCUGGACAAUACAUAUUUGUCUCUUACUUCUUGCACUGCAGGUUUGCAUGUAAAUAGGCACAGGGAAAACCUAAGUAUGCGGCAGGCUUGGUUUUUCUCGUCACUUGGGUGAUUCCACUGAGGAGUUGGCAGGACUGUUACUUACAGCUGGCAAUAAUUGAUGUGAGUAAACCAAAGGAUUUUAUCUUUGGUGAAAUUAUUGUCCAAGUUUCCUUUUUCUGUCGGAAACUUUAGCGUAGAGCGGUUCCCCCACACAAAAAGACAAAAAAAAACAAAAAACAUUAUGCACUUUACCGUAGAAACAGAGCAGGUUUCCAUGCUUCCAGACCAAAUAUUGUAGAUUGAUUUCCACUGUCGUGUCACAAACGUACCAACGUCUGCUCUUCUUUCACACAGCUGCAGUCUUUUCCAUGUUAUCUGUCUUUUUGGAGCAUGCACAUCGUACUAAUGUUGGGGAUCAUUUAGCUGACAGUAGCUUACAAUAUAGCUUCCUAAUACAUUUUUGGACAUAUAGUAUAAUAGCAUGACUAAACUGUAUGAAUAAGGUUUCUAUUUUGUGCCUUACUCUCUUUCUUGGCUACGAGAUCAUCGCAACUCUAUAAUGCUUUUUCUGUGUAGGCACAAGGUGAAACAUAUUUCUCUUUAAUAUGAAAUAUUUAUGAAAAAAAUUAAAUGUGUUUUAAGUGCAUUUAAUGUGUUCUCAACAAUGAAUUAAUAAAUGGCAUA